AUGUCGAGCCCAAGCCCAUUUACAAUGAUGAAUCAGUCACAAUUUGAGCAUCCGCUUACCUCUGACACUGAGGAUAUCAACUCGCCUUUCGAGCCAGCACUUAUCUUCUCCCAAGAUGAUGUACUGAGUGGAAUUGAAGCUCCUCUUGAUGAACUUCUUGAAAAACUACUCAAGUCUCCUAAUAACCGAUAUGUUAUAUGGAAGGAGGAUACCGCUAACGAAUGGCAUCAAUGGUGGACUGCGAAGAUUUCAAACAACAUCAAUCGAGAGAUAUUCCGACAUAUGGUUUGGACAAGGUCGAAGAGGUCCUUAUAUGGACUCAAUUCUACCAAGGAGCUGAGGUCCGAACUGGCAAUCCUAAGGUACUAUAAAGGAUGGAUCACAAACUCAUUUACACUUACUGCCGCGUGCGCAUUUGGAAAGGGAUACCAUACAGCCUUUCACACAUACAGCAUGGCGAGAGCAGUUGAUUAUAGCCAUAAUUUCAUCAAGCCUCCCUUUUCGAAUAGUGGAGAACAAGAGGUGCGAAAGGUUCUAAACAUGUUGAAACCCGACCUGGAAAUUCCACACCGGACAGUUAUACGCAAAGAAUUAACAAUGCAAUUUAACAACGUCAUGGAGAAGCUACUAUUGGAUUUACCGCCUAUGGCAAAGGUUUCAAUUGCCCUUGAUGGAUGGCAAAGUCCGUUCAAAUUAGCGUUCUUAGCAAUUACUGUGUAUUAUAUCACUGAUGAUUGGCAAUGGAGAGAGUGUCUUAUUGGUUUCGAGCCAAUGACUGGAGUCCAUUCAGGACAAAAUAUGGCAGCUGUUGUACACAAUGUACUGGAACAAUUCAAUAUUACGGGACGACUUUUUUUGCGUGACAACUGA